AUGAUGAGGCCGCCCUUGCCGCCGCAGGCGGUGUUCAACCGCUCUGCCAGCUCUAGGCCGGCUCCACCGUCCAUGCACAACUGUGGGCCGCCGCCUCCGGGGAGCCUCAACAACUCUCUUCGGCCGAGCGGGCCCGUAAGGCAGAUCGCCAUAUGUGGCAGCUCAGGGCCCGGAAACACGCGCCUGCCGUCCUCGCAAGUCCUACAGGGUCAACGUGUCAAGUCCGUGGCGCGUGGCCCACAGCCAAGCUCAGUAGAGCCGACACGAUUGGCGAACGGCAAGAAGAUCAAGAAGACAGAUAAACAGCAGUCGCAGGUGGCAGAGGCGAGGCCCGAGCACUACACUUUUACCGGCCCGACGAAGAGCGCCAUGAAGAUACGCAAGGCGCAGCUCCAGCAGCAGAGGCGCGGCGCCAACGUGGGGAAGGAAAUCAAGACAACCGUAGGCAACGACAGCUCGUGGAUGAAGGGGCUGACCUACUCGACCUGGGUAGACUCGCCGAAAGGGACGUUGCACAAACUCGACCACGAGGGCCCAUAUAAGCGUCGACCAAAGACCAAGAACAACCCUAACAAGAAUAGAGGACGCAAGACUCGUAGUAACAUGGGAAAGACGAGCUUGCUUCUUGAGGCGCUUCGCAACCUGUUCCGAUGA